CAUGCGUGCUCUGUGGCCGAGUGGAUCAGGACUCGAGCAUAUAUGGGCACAAACAUGAGAAAAACGGGUUCUACUUCCAUACUUUUUGUGUGAGCCUGCUCUUUCUUCUUCUACAGAUAUUCUCCACUGGUCUUUGUAAACCAGGAAACAACAACAGAAAUGCAUGCCAUUUCAAAGAAGAGCUGAUACGCACAAUCAGGCAGGGAGAGCAGACGCUCUGCUUCGUCUGUGGCCAGCGUGGGGCCACCAUCACCUGCGCAGAGCCGGACUGCGACCGCAGCUUCCAUCUCUCCUGCACCUCAGAGGGCGAAUGCGUCACCCAGUUCUGCGAAGAUUUCAGGUCCUUCUGCUGGGUGCAUCGUCCACAUCAGGCAGUGGAGGCAGCGCCGGUGCAGGACACGACCUGCAUCAUCUGCAUGGAGUCCAUGGAGCACAGCAGAUCAUACAGCACCAUGGUGUGCCCAGCCUGCCGACACGCCUGGUUCCACCGGGCUUGCAUCCAGGUAGGAGCCCUUCCUCACCCCAUGAGCACGGCAGGUGCUCAGCAGCACCAGGCCAGGCUCACACUCACCCUUUUGUUUCUGCUACAGGAACUGGCCAUGUGCGCAGGAAUUUAUUGCUUUCAUUGCCCCCACUGCCGAGACAGAGACAGGUUUAUUCGAGACAUGCUCACUAUGGGGAUCCGAAUCCCAUUCAGAAAACCAACGUGGGAGGACAAUUAUGACUAUGCAACCCUGGGAGCUAGGCAUCAGCGCUGUGAUGCCAGCGACUGCCAUUAUCCACAUGGCCGGGAACAAGAAGAGGGAGAGGGGUGA